UAGCCGCGGUGUUUGACACUCGGAGGAGCGGGAGAAGCAAGCUAGCAAAAGGGGGGCUGGCACCGAGGCGGGCAGAGUUGAGUAGCCGGCCGAGGACGAGGGAGGACCGGGCGGCCGCGGCGGCACGACGGAGGCUCACAGGGAUGUACAGUAAACACAGGCAGAAAGACGGCCACAUAUCGCCGGCUGCGUGCGCCUCGUUGCUUUUGGUGGUCGCGUUGCUCUCGCUGAACGGCUCGGGACGAGCCAGCCGAGCGGGCUUCCAGAGAGGACGGACAGUGACGGCAAGAUGGCUUUCUCAAGGCCGAAACAAGAGGGAGGCGGACUUCUCAUCUCAGGAUGAACGGCCCAUUCGAGGGGAAAUUGUGCUCUCCUCCAGUGACCUCCACCUGGUGCUACAAGUACAACAUAACCGUGAGCUUUUGGGUCCAGACUUCACCGAGACCUACUACGUGGAUAACGGGCGGCCGGUGACCGUGACCAGUCGGAAUUACACCGAUCACUGUUUCUAUCACGGCAGUGUAAGAGGACAUCCGGAUUCCUGGGUGGCCCUCAGCACGUGCUCGGGGGUCAGGGGCCUGAUCUCUUUGAAUGUCAACAACACCUUCUACCUGGAGCCAACGGCCGGCCGCCGCCAUUCCUUGCUGUCCGCAGACCAACUGGAACUGAAAGGCGGAGACUGCGGCCAAGGCCGUCACGGUGCACUGUCGCAUCACAUCCGGGACCUCCUCAGACCGCAUCAUUUAAGGGUGAAAAGGAACAUUUGGGGCACCACCAAGUACAUGGAGCUCUACAUUGUGGCCGACAACACGCUGUUUAGACGACAAAAUAGGGACUAUGAGAAAAUCAAGACCAGGAUCAUGGAAAUUGCCAAUUAUGUGGACAAGUUCUACAGGGCUCUGAACAUCCGCGUGCCUCUGAUCGGUCUGGAGGUCUGGACCGAGCGAGACCAGUGCAUUGUCACAGAAGAGCCCAACGCCACCCUCUGGUCCUUCCUCCAGUGGAGACAGAAGUUAAAGUCCCGCAAGAAGCACGACAACGCCCAAUUGCUCACCGGCGUGAUCUUCAAGGGGACAACGAUCGGGAUGGCACCGCUGGAGGGCAUGUGCAGUCUGGAGAACUCCGGAGGGAUCAACGUGGACCACUCCGAGCUCUCCAUCGGGGCCGCCGCCACAAUGGCGCACGAGAUCGGCCACAACUUUGGGAUGAGUCACGACCUCGACGGCUGCUGCGUGGAAGCUACGGCCGACCAGGGGGGCUGCGUCAUGGCCGCCGCUACCGGGCAUCCGUUUCCGAGGGUGUUCAGCCAGUGCAGCAAGCGUGACCUUGACAGCUACUUCCAGAAGGGAGGGGGCAUGUGUCUCUACAACAUGCCCAACAUGAAGGAUCUGGUGGGGGGCAAAAGGUGCGGCAACGGCUUCGUGGAGGAUGGAGAGGAGUGCGACUGUGGUGAACCCGAUGAGUGCGCCAAUGAUUGUUGCCAUGCCAAUAAUUGCACCCUGAAGGAAGCGGCUCAGUGUGCCCACGGAGUGUGUUGUCAAGGCUGUAAGCUGAAGCAAGCAGGCACCAUGUGCCGGGGCCCGGCCGGGGCCUGCGACCUGCCCGAGUACUGCACGGGCGCCUCGCCGUACUGCCCCGCCAACGUCUACCUGCUGGACGGCUCUUCCUGCCAGUACGGACGAGCCUACUGCUACAACGGCAUGUGUCUGACUCAUCAACAGCAGUGCUUGCAACUGUGGGGCUCCGGCGCCCGACCGGCCCACGACGCCUGUUUCGAAGACGUCAACGCCGCGGGGAACGCUUUUGGGAACUGCGGGAAAGAUGAGCGCGGCAACUACGUCAAGUGUGCAAAAAGUGACGCCAAAUGCGGUAAGAUCCAGUGCCACAGCGCCGCCAAGAAGCCCAAAGGCACCAACGCCGUGUCAAUCGACACCACCAUCAAGACAGGAGGCAUCGAGGUCAAAUGUCGUGGCACUUACGUGUACAGCACUCAGGACGGCCAGGGGGACCUGCCGGACCCCGGUUUGGUCAUGACGGGCACCAAGUGUGGCGAGGGCAAGGUGUGCCGGGACCGCCGAUGUCAAAACGCGUCUUUUAGCGAGCUGGAUACUUGCAUCUCGCGCUGUCACGACAACGGGGUGUGCAACAGCAACGGAAAUUGCCACUGUCAUCGAGGCUGGGCGCCCCCUUUCUGCGAGAAGCCGGGACUUGGAGGCAGUGUGGACAGUGGGCCUGUGCAGUACGAUAGUCAGGCGGGCUUGGUGGCGGGCCUUUUGUUUGCCUUCCUGGUGGUCCUGCCUGGCGCGCUGCUGCUCUUCUACUGCUACUGGGUCAAGACCUCCUACUUCCACAAGUGGCUCGCGCAGAGAGAGAAGAACAAGAGCAACAAGAUGGAGACUGACAACGGCAAGAAGAAAGGCCACCUGAAUCCCGCCUUUCACUUAAAGGUUGUGGGGCCAGUCGGCAAAGCCAGCAGCCACAAGGGGCUUUCUGCUACCAACAAAGAGGUUCUCCCUCUCCGGCCGGACCCGGCCCCGAGUGGCACCCAGCCGGUCAACAUCGUGCGACCCCUGCGGCCUGCCCCGUUCACUCGGGACAUCAAGGGGGCCCGUCCUCCUCUCCCGGCGGCCCCCCGGAAACCCCCGCAGAGACUGAGCCCGCCCAAGAAGCCGCUGCCCCUCAACCCGAUGCGAUCUCCACUGCCCAGACCAUCACCCUUGCCCCCGCAGAGGCCCCUACCCCUCAGUCCCGCCAGAGGAAGCUCGCCAGUCCGGGUGCUCACCCCGAAACCGUCGCCAAGGCUGCUGGUCAUGAUGCCCCCGGCAGGAGGACGGAAGCCCGUGGGCAGGGUCUCAGGCGUCCCCCCUCUCAGAGCACUCAGACCAGUGCCGGGUGCCAAAACGAAGGCGGGCUCGCCUCCAUCGUGAACGCGGCCUUUCUCUUCUCCCUCGAAGCCUUUUUUUUUUUUUUUUUUUUUUUUUUU